CACUGAGCUGACAGUCUGUUCUUUCACCUCCCCUCCUUCUUUUGAAAUGUCUCUCUUGAGUCAGUCAGCCAGUCAUUUUAGACACAGACAGGAUAAGACUGGGACACAUGAAAAAGAUGCCUGAAUCAAACAAAAGACUGGUUCUGGUUGCUGUGAUAUGUGUGACCACACUGCUGUUGCUUCUCAUGUAUUGCAAGACGAACAGCUUUUCACUGGCUUCUCAGGAAAUGGUAAUCGAACCAAAAAGGUCCACAUUUCCCCGUCAGCUUCCGCCUUCUCCAUCCUGUGAAUGCAGUCAUGGCGCAGUGCCUCUCAAAGAUCUCCACCCCAAGGAGCAGCGUGAGGCCAUCAUGCAACGUCGAACAAAGGAGUUCCAGCAACACAAAGCAAGGACAUCAUCUGUUCUAUCCAAACUCCUCUAUGCUUUGCCAAACUCUCCUCUGCAGUAUCCAAUCCAAGGCUACACAGUGCGGCCUUUGACCCCAACACUAAUACCAGUAUUAGAGCUGCAUGCGGGAAAAAGAGACAGCUACAAGCGGGCUGCUAGGCUGGCACAGGUUUCACCCGCUGCUGAGGGUGGCCUGGGGACCUUCUCUUCAGGGCAGCUGCCUUCCUCUCAGCCGAGAUGUUCAAAGCACCAUGAGGGAUCCGCUGCUGGAGCCCAGCCACCUAAGAAGCAGGCAAAGACCGAGCAGCAGCUCGCUACAGAGACAGCUCGGCUGCAUAGGGAACUGGAGGAGGUGUUCUUGAAUGUGUCCAAAGGCAUCCUGACGACAGUGACUCCAGACGCACAGGUGACAGUUAACGGUGCUGGUACAAGAGGACUGUCCAUUGAGUCCAGCAGCCUGGUGCUCCUGAAUGAACUUCUGGCCAAAGUCUCGUACACCAGCAGUACCUACCACAUCAACAGUGGAGACCUGGCAUUCUUCAGGUUUGAGAGCCAUGAAGCUUUGUUUCCCAUUGUCAUCAAACAGCCCCAAGUCCCAGUUCUGUACGACAUGGGAACAGACAUUCGGUCUCAAGUCACCAUCAUCACAAAAACUUUCCUGAGAUACCCACAGCUAAAGGUGUUGUUGGCCAGCAUUCGAAAGUUCUACCCUGACAUAACGGUCAUCAUCGCAGAUGACAGCUUUGAACCAGAACACAUCUCUGGAGAAAAUAUCCAGCAGUACAUCAUGCCUCCAGCUCAGGGCUGGUUCGCCGGUAGGAAUCUGGCGGUUUCCCAGGUGAUCACCAAAUACCUCUUGUGGGUGGACGAUGACUUUUUUUUUACAGAGAAUACAAAGAUUGAGGAAUUUGUGGAGGUGAUGGAGGCUGUCCCGGAACUGGACGUGGUGGGAGGAUCAGUAGAAGGGAACCAGUUCUACUUUUCUAUUCUUUAUGAGGAAGGAGACGGAGUGGAAGGCGGCUGCCUGAUCAGGAAGUCUGGUGGAAAGUUUCACCCACUUCCUGACUUACCAAAAUGCUAUUUCACUCAUGGAGUGGUCAACUUCUUCCUGGCUCGGACAGACGCCGUACGGAGGGUCGGCUUUGACCCUCAGCUGCAGCGGGUAGCUCACUCAGAGUUCUUUAUGGAUGGUCUGGGCUCACUGAUGGUCGCCACAUGUCAAGACGUGAAAAUCGGCCAUCAACGCAAAACUGCGGAAAACACCAAUCCUCGCUACGCAAAAUUCAGAACACCUACAAAGAGUGACGAUGGCUUUAAAUCCCAGCUUCACUAUUUCAAAAAUCAUCUCAAGUGUUUUCUUUAUUCAUGAAAGACUUCAGAACAAAAAAAUGUUGGCGUGAGUUCUGCAGCUGUCUUUUGUCCAACCCUGUACUGUUUUUAUUUGGGCCUCAGAGUCCCUGAUCGUGGUGAUAUCCUGAUUAUGACACCUGCAGUAAUGUAAUCCCUUGUUUUUCAAACUAUUAAAAAUGUCAUAAAAUAUUUGUUUGUGUGUGUGUCGGUUUGAGAGUGUGAGUGUGUGUUUCAGGCCUGUUGCAGUGUGAUGUCUUUUAUCCAACCCUGUAUUGUUUUAAUUUGGGCCUCAGUUUCCCUGAUCAUGGUGAUAUCCUGUUUAUGACACCCGCAGUAAUGUAAUCUCAUAUUUUUGAAACUAUUAAAAAUGUCAUAAAAUGUU